CUUCACAAGCUCUCUCCCCGUCUGUCUUUGUCAAAGUUAGGCUAAGAGCCUUAGGUUCAUCUUUGUGAUUGUAAGAUCCACACUAAAGUGAGCUCAAGCACGGCAACCAGGCCCUGGCUGUAAGACAGCUGCCGGAAAAUGACCCUGCAAUCAUUAACUCCAGUGAACUGUGGAGGCCUUCUGCAGCCCGGCUUCUCUCUGCUGCAGCUGGAUGGGGAACUUCUCCUGUUUGGCCAGAAAGGUUGGCCCAAGCGCUCGUGUCCAACUGGAGUGUUUGGCGUUCGGUUUAAAAGUGGUGAGAUGAAGUUAAGGGCCAUCUCUUUCUCCAAUGACUCAUGCUACCUUCCUCCAUUACGUUGCCCAGCUGUUUGCCGCCUCGACCCCUAUGACGGGCUUCCAGAGAGUUAUCUCAUCCACGGUGGCCGAACCCCAAAUAACGAGAUCUCGUCAAGCCUGUACAUGCUGACCACAGACAGCCGUGGCUGCAAUCGUAAACUGACCCUGUGCUGUAAAGAGAGAGAACUGGUGGGAGAAGUGCCAGGGGCCAGAUACGGACACACAAUGAGCAUUGUUCAAAGCCGUGGGAAGACAGCUUGUGUAUUGUUUGGUGGCAGAUCCUACAUGCCGGCAGGAGAGCGGACCACAGAGAGCUGGAACAGUGUCGUCGACUGUCCUCCUCAGGUGUUCCUGUUUGACUUGGAGUUUGGUUGCUCCUCUGCUCACACUCUACCUGAGCUCAGCGACGGACAGUCUUUCCAUUUGGCCCUUGCCAGAGAAGACUGUGUCUACUUCCUUGGGGGUCACUCCCUCACCUCUGACUCUCGCCCUCCUCGACUAUUCCGUCUACGUGUAGAGCUUCUGCAGGGCAGCCCCUUGCUUUCCUGUGACACUCUUGAAACGGGCAUAUCCAUCUCUAGUGCCAUGAUCACCCGUACAGGUCCCACUCAUAGAUAUAUCAUAUUAGGUGGGUAUAAGUCAGACUCCCAGAAGAGGAUGGAUUGCAGCACUGUCAUUGUCAAUGAGAAAGGGAUCCACUUAGAGCCUUUAGAAUCACCUCAGUGGACCCCUGACAUCACUCAUAGUCGCACUUGGUUUGGCAGCAGUGCUGGGGAGGGAAUCGUCCUACUUGCUGUGCCCACUGAGGGAAGGCCAUCCCAAGUGGAUAUGCAUUACUUCUAUCAGGUGAGCUUCCAGACAGCGGGAGAAGCCAGAGAGGAAGAAGGAACCCAGGGCUGCAGCCAGGAGUCAACCGAUUACGACGACUCCACUCCUCUCGAAGACUCUGAGGAGCUCUACUUCGGUCGUGAUCCACAUGAGCUGGAGGACAUUGAUGAUGGAAAAAGUGAUAAUUACAAUGAGGAGGAUGAGGAGGACGAAUCACAAACAGGUUACUGGAUCAAAUGUAGUCUGGGCUGUCAGGUGGACCCCAACACUUGGGAGCCCUACUACUCCACUGAGCUUCACCGGCCAGCCAUGAUCUUCUGCUCCAGAGGGGAGGGGGGACACUGGGUCCAUGCCCAGUGCAUGGAGCUGUCUGAGACCCUGCUGCUCAGGCUCUCUCAGGCCAGCAAAAGGUACUUCUGCCUGGACCACGGAGGCGUGCCCCACCAGGAGAUGACCCCACCUCGACAGGUCGAGGCUCUGAAGCGUACCCCCAUGAAAGUUAAGGACAGAAAAACCCCUCCGACAAUUAAGAUGUCCCCUGCCAAAAAAAGCUUUUUCAGAAGGCUUUUUGACUGACAUAUCAAAUGAAAUAAACAUAACAUAACAUAACUCCAGUUUAGGAUGUGUGCAGAUGGUCACUGGAACGCUGGGUAUAAUUAGGAUGUUUCUUGUUGAUAUUCAGUGAAUAAACGAUUGAUGAACGAAAACAUAAUACGCUGAUCUGUUCUCAAUGUGAAACAUUUUGUGAAGAAAAUAAUAAUAAUAUUGCAACCUGAUGUCUCCUGACUAACAGAUGUAUGUAUAAUAUCAUUACAAUUUUAUAUUGUUUGACAAAACACAAACAAACACAAUAUUUAGUAAGUCUAACUACAAUGUCUCUAGUUUAUGUUUUUACCAGCUGUACAAUAGUUCAUUAUACUUUUGUAUUCUGUUAAGCACCACAGGUUUUAUUUCCUAGCACUUUCUUCCAUGGCCAGAUGGAGCCGAAUUUGUUUAGAUUGGUGAUUAAAAUGAUGAUUACAGACUGAAAAAUACCCAAUAUGCUGAUAUAUACUCAAUAAAAAAACCAUUAA